CAGCGAAACGCGACUGUAAAGGCAACUGAACAGGGACACUGAACGCGCGCAUCGAUUCUAUAUUGAGCGUUUCUUUUUAAACACAAUUCCAAUUACAACCCAAAAACACCAAUAAAACUUCUUUUUCUUACCAAGAUCCUCAUCUUUUUCGGCAAUCUUGAGGUCCAAGCUCAUUUAGUCUUCACUUUUUGAGAUCAUCCAUCCGGCAUCCAACAAACACUAGUUGCAGAUCAAUUUGAUUUAGCUUUGCUCAAUACAUCACUCUUUUGACGGCGAUCUACUUGGACACUUCAGCAUUCAUCCAGCCAUCUCAUAAAACCCAGCUCCGGUUUACAGCAAUGUUGCGUUCAUAUAUCGCCUCUUUGGCUCUCAUCACAGGACUACUGACAGGAUCUACACUUGGACAAACGUUCGCCAAUAAUGUGACAGGUAUAUCAGGAACAUGGUCAACCGGAUCAGGUCACGUUCGAACAGGACUAGGAUUCUUCAAUCCGAUCACAAAGAAUUUCACAAUGCCUUCAACUUCAGGAACCUCAUACAGUUUCACAGAUGAUGGAUUCUUUGAAACUUCAACAUUUACCUAUAAAUCAAAUCCACAAGUUAACAGAUGUUUCACUGCAGCACUAUCAUGGCAACACGGAAAGUUUACCUUUAACGCAAACAACUCUUUGUCUCUUUCACCUUUCCCAGCCGAUGGAUUCGUUCAAGUUAUCAGCCCAUGUGCAGGACAAACAGUACAGAUGUUUCAUUACAGUCAAUUCGAAUUGAUACCUAUGUGGAACAUCUACACCGAUCCUCAUCCAGGAUUCCAAUCGGGAGGCGGUUCAGCAUAUGCAAUGACAUUGUACAACGAUGGAGGAAAUGGACAAGCAGGAGCAGCAAAGAAUGUGAUGUGGUUAGUAGAAAGACCGCCAGCAAUGUUGCCAACAGAACAAUUAUACCAAGAAGUUCUCAAUUCAGUCGGAGCAGAAGGUAGCGGUGAUGCUAAAUCAUGAUGAUCGCUCUUUGCUCUCUGUGAGGAUCACAACAUUUAUGGACACUUUUUUUUGGGGGAUCAUCCAGAUAUACACACCAUCAUUCGUUUCAGGCACUUGCAUAUCCUGCACCUUCAGGACACUCCCUCCCCCCACUUGGUCAAUCAUCACAGCACAGCGCGGCGCAUGUCUUACCCCGGCUGGUAUAAGGCAUAUUAUCAUUUGAAAUGAUCAAUUCCGAUAACAUCCCUCUUUCUCUCACUCAACCACACAACACACAUAUACGCACCUCUUUUUUGUGCUUAUCGAAUACGCACAUUCAUUUCUUU